GCUAUUUAACUUAAGUAGCAAGCUUAAUAAUUACAUUUAGGAAAUAUAUUGUUUAUAUUCUAAAAUACCUGCUCUGGACAACAGGUGUUUGUAGGUCACUAAAUAAAAAAUGAUGUGGAUGGUUAUCCUCCUACUUGGUAUCUUGGCCGAGACUACCUUGGGCUGGACAUAUCAUUACUCAAACAAUACUAUGGACUGGACCCAGGCCCGACAGUGGUGCCAGACCACUUACACAGACAUGGUGGUCAUCCAAAACCAGGAUGAGACCAACUAUCUGGUCUCCUGGCUGCCAAAAAGAUCCAGGAGUCCAUAUUAUUGGAUUGGAAUCACGAAAAAGCACAUAAAUGAGGAUUGGAGAUGGAUUGGGAAUAACAGCACAUGGAUUGGUGAGCAGUCGUGGGCAGCAGGCGAGCCCAACAACAACCACAUCACAGAGUUUUGCGUGGAGAUGUACGUGAGAGAAGGAGAAAACAAAGGAAAGUGGAAUGAUGAGAAGUGCGCUGCUGCAAAAUACCCUGUUUGUUAUAAAGCCCAAUGUAACACAACAACAUGUGACAGAGGGAGAUGCCAGGAGACCAGAGAUAACACAACCUGCCUCUGUGAACCUGGCUUCAAGGGAGACAGGUGCCAAACAGCUGUGGAAUGCCCCCCUCUGACUCAGCCUGAUAACGGAUACCUUACCUGUUCGGAGGAAAAGCUGACAUUCAACUCAACCUGCCAAUUUAAAUGCAACCCAGGCUUCCUGAUAAAAGGCUUGCAGGAUGUUACCUGCGGGGUCACCGGGGUCUGGAGCGGCCCGAGACCUUCAUGUACAAGCUAUAAACAGGCUCUGUUGGCUGUAGUUGGGUGUGGAGCUCUUUCAGCCUUCUGCUGCAUCUGUUUUUGCUGGAUGAAGCACAGAAAAAGAAAGAAACUUGCCCAAGUGAGGCAUCCUGAGGAAGCGACAAGUCCAUCCACUGAGGCACAGGGAUGACGGACAACUAAAACCUAAUUUAUGUCUUAUCAAAAUAUAUCUAUAAUAAACCAAAUGCAUUUACUCAUAUUCGUUUUAGUGCAUGGUUAUUAAAUAAACCUAAACAGCCUGAACAACUGCUGCACAGGCUGUAUGCUAGGAUAAUCAGUUAGCUAAGCGUUUUGUCUAAUAUACUAGCUUCAUUUGGAUAUACU